AUGAAUUAAACAACUCCUAAAUCUUCAGGAAUCAAUUAUGCAAGUAAUUUUUUCUAAUAUUAAGAAUUAGGAAAAUAAAAAUCGAAGGAAUCUACUAUUUCAAAAACAUUAAAUAAGAAUUUGUAGUUUGAUAAUCAAUAAAAUAAUUAAUAUUGA